GCUCACUCGAUACCUCAAGAGCUGAUCACGCGUCUAUUUGGCAACCGCCUUGCCUGCUCUCCAAUCGUCACAAUUGAGCCGAGACGACGUAAGUUUCACAAACCGAUCACGUUGACCAUUCCACUGCCGAGACGGCCAGAUCCCAGCAUUAGAGAUUGCCACGAAGCUGGUAGCCUGGGGACAACUACUCCGGUACCGGUGAACAAUGUGCGCCUCCUCUGUAGCAUCACUGGAGGGAAUGCACCAGCCGUCUGGGAGGACAUCACAGGCUCCACGCCGAUGACUCGCCAUAAAGACUGCAUUUCAUUCACGACAACGGUUUCAGCCAGGCUCUGGAUGGUCGAGUGUCCCAUGCUGCAAGAGGUGACAGAGCCCGCCAGUCGGCUGUACCGCGAGAGCAUCACACCGCCCUACAUCGGCCGGUUUGUUGUGUUCGCCCAGCCGAAUGAGCCACUUUCUACCUCAAUACCCAGCGUCCACGGCUCUCCUGGCUCCACGUCGAAUGUGGCCAAUAUAGACACUUUUGCGCGUACGCCCACUGGGCAGGAGAUGGUCUCGUUGCCAAGAUCGCCGUCUCGAUCACGAACUCUGGCUCGAGACCAGCCGCUGUUGCGCUGUCUCUGUCUUAUUGAUGACACCGCAGACAAGACGCUGGAGUGCCUUGAGCACUUUCAACUGGUAGCUACAGGACCUUCAACCGAAGUGAGUCCCAUCUGCUUAGACUUUUGA